UCUUAAAGUUUGUUAACAUUACAACCAGAUUACUGUGAUUUGUACUUUAAAAUUUGCAUAGGUGAUCAAAAUUCGAAGGGGUGCAACAUUUUAGAUAUGAGAACACCGAAAUCUUCUUUAAUGAACCAGAAUUCUAUAUCUUUUGGUGAUUUAAUAGACUAUAUACCAAACCCACUGUCCAGAAUAAUAGACAAACUUCCGUCUAAAUUGUACUUGAAGAUCGAAGUUUGGGAUGCAGAUUAUUCUUUUUCUGAUUUAGAUGACCAUUUGACAACAUUUGAGGAUAAUGCAUACAUGUACACUGUGUAUCCAUUUGAGAUUGGUGGUUCAUCACUCCUUUCUUCUUACCGUUAUCAUAAAAUAUCUCGAAAUAUAACGCAAGAUUACAUAAAUAUGUAUGUAGCAGUUUGGGCUGUUUGUAAUCGUGGCAGCUAUGGAAGUGACUGUAGCGUCAACUGCGUCCCACAAAAAAGAGUACGGCACUAUGGUUGUGAUAUUUCAACAGGUGCAAAGGUGUGUAUUCCUGGACCACAUUGUUCAGAACCCCCGAAUCAAUGCAGUCCAUUACAAGAUUUUUGUCAAAAUGGAUUUUGCUUACUAAAGUAUCUUGAUGAAGGAAACAGGAGUUUAUCCAAUCCAAUUCCAUACUGUGCUUGUAUACCUGGGUUUACAGGCAAAUGGUGUGAAUUGGAUAUAGAUGAGUGUUCAGUGAAACCGAAUAAUAAUGGUAGCAACAAAAGUAUUAAUAUCAACCACCAUAUAACAUCAUCUUGUAAUGUAAAUUCAAUGUGCGAAAAUCUCUAUGGAAAUUUUCGUUGUUUUUGUCAAAAUCAGUGGACUGGUCUACGUUGUAACACACCUCCAACUUUAUGGCCUGAUCAUUAUAAACCCAUGGUUAAUUCAAAUGGUUUACCUGACUUUAUAAAUUUUAAAAGAGUAAAUUUAUCAACCGUCUCAUUAGAAAACAACAAUGAUGACGUAAUAGUAAUAGAAAAAGCAAAUAAUAGUUGGAUAUAUGUGCUUAUCAGCGUAUUUAUUGUUCUGUGUCUCAUUUCAUGUGGAAUAUUAUAUUAUAUUUGUUGGAGACAAAAACGUUUAUGUGGUUUCUAUAGAAUGGGUUGGAAUCGUGAACCUAUAAUUUCCAAAGUACUAUUUACUACAAAAUCAACCACAUCAAAUUUAAGUAAAGAACCAACUAUUCUAUGUAAUCAAACUCCACCAACACCACAAAGAUCUAUCACUAAAUUAACAUUUAUACCCAGAUACAAUAUCCCAAUACAAUCUGAAAAAUAUCAAUCAACAAUUUAUGAUGAAAUACCUGAUUGUUUUUUACAAGAAAAAACACAAUCAACUACUAAUAUCCCAAUAAGUAAAUCUCAAUUAUCUAUAUAUGAACCAUAUAGUCAAUUAGAAUAUGAUACAUUAGAUAUGACAAUAGAAACAAAAUAUACAAAUCAUCAUGAAAUAAUUAAUAAUAAUGAUUAUAUUGAUAAUCAAAUUCAUAAAAUUACUUAUCAAAAUUCAAAAAAUUUAAAACAAGAACAAGAAUUAAUGAUAACCAAUUGUAUGUAUCUUGAACCAAAACAACAUCCUUUUUAAUAUGAAAUGAAUGAAUGAAAUGGGUAUUAAUUGUUGUAUAACUUGGGUCCCAAUUUUUUAUCUGUCAUAAUAUGAAAUGUAUGUUAUGGUUGAUAAGGGAUAUUUUGAACGAAUUAAUUUCAUAAUGAUUAUUUUAUUUUACUUUUAUAUGUGAAUAUUUUUAUCAUUGUUUUUUUUGUUUUGUUUUCUGUAUCAUUGAUUUGUAUCCUUUUUAAAUGGAUCAUUCUUUAGAUCGACUCAUUCAAUUUAUUUUAUAUAUAUUAAAAAUACAAUUAUUGUUACAUUCGGUUGUCGUUAUUGUUGUGCCGCAAAAAAAAAACGCUGAUCAUUUAUACUCGGAAGGAGGGAACUUGGCAAUUCCCACGAUGUGCAAGUAAGAACAUAAAGACUGGUAUAAGUGAAGAUUGAUUAGCCCCUCAAACACUAUGACGACGACGAAUCGAGUAUAGUCUAAAAUAUAUUGGUUUAUAUAUUGAUUGUACACCCAUUUUGAUUAAUGAUUAGGAUUAAAUCACAUAAUCAGUUAUAACAAAUCGCAGACUGUGAGCAUAUUUCAUGUCAAGUGAAUACACGAAUAUGGUAUAUUAUACAAAAGAAAAUAUCAUACUGGGAAAACAAAUCAAACACUACACUGACUGAUCUUCACGUUGAAUCAAAACGGAUGUCAAUGUUGAAUAAAACUCAUAAUGAGUAAUUCAAUCGAAAAUUGACUUUUCUUUCCAUCAUAUCAAUUAUAACCAUUUUUUUUUAUUUUUAUGUCAUAAUGAAAUUUAAAUUUGUUCACUUCAAAUUCGAAGUUAGAACAAUUACCCUGCUUAUAUAAAUGUACUCUUUAUUGUCAGGGUUUAUCACUAUUGAAUUGUUCAGCAUCUCAUGUCAUCUUGAAAAAAACUGGCAUUUAUAAUCUUAUUGUGGAUGUCUGCAUUAUACUCAAGACAGUUGACGUACACUGUUAUAGUGUUAAGAAUUUGUAGUUCCGUUUGUUCCUAUCAAUACAAUCGCUGUAGCUGAAAUUACAAUAACCGAGAAGGCUUACAUUAAAUGUUUAACACUUGGAGAAUGUCAGUAAAGUAAUUGCGGGAACAUGGUAUAGGUAGAUCAUUCAAACAUGGUCACUCCAUAUCAUCUCUUGAUCGUGAUAUUAAAUAUAUUAUUCCAUCUUCGGCCAAAAUGUGUCCUUCAAAG